CAAAAGAAAGUACUGGAUGUCUCAGUGCUGCGAGUGCUUGUACUUUUCCUCUCCUGUUGAUGGAAAAGUGAGGUGACAGUGGUGAGUUAGUUUCCAACCACAGUGUGACAACUUCUGUUGUCUGUCACAGAUGGGGCUGUCUAUAUUUAGCACACAUUUAAAAAAAAAAAAAAAAAAAAAAAAUGAUCAGCUGCACCACAAAUGAGAUGAGAUUGAUUUCAAACUGAAAAGAUGUACUGCCAUAGGAAUAAAGCGCUGAAUCUGUAUUACUCACUUCUGGUAUCUGAUAUAUCAUUUUCCUCGUGCAACGCUACAAUUUGCCUCAAUUGAUUGCAAAGAGGAAUUAACCAAGCACACAGUUAGAUAACGGUUAUUUGGAGUAAUUGGUGAACCAAUUUAGAAAACCAUUUGAGAAAGAGAACCCCCUGAUAUGGAAUGACAUUCAUUGAUCAAACGUUCUUUCCGUCUUUUGCACCAACAUGCAUUUCUCAGUGAUUACGGCACACUCUAAAGCAACUCAGUCCAUCUGAUUAAAGACGACUAGAGGAGAUCACAGAGAACAUUGUUACUGCUUUAAAUUAUCAGGACUGUGAGCGUGAACGUCUCUCUUAGCAGAGACUGAAAAAAAAUUCUAUUUUUGAUUUUCUUCGACUGUUUUUUUGUACACCAAAAUGAUUAUGAGUACAAAAUCCCCAGUCAUACUGCUGCAUUACGACUGUUUACUGCAGUGUCAGUAUGAUGGACGAGCUUUAUGAUUGCCCAUGAAUCAGGACAGGAGUAGGCAGGCAGGGGAACCUUCGUCAUGCUUCUGCACAGGUUUAACUCUUAUCUGAUUUGUAGCAUGGCUGGCAGUAACUGAAUGUAAUCGGAACACUGGACUGAGGAGGAAAUGUGGUCACCGUUUUCUACAGACAGAUAAGAUGUAGUGUGGACCAGUUUAAAGCCUUAAAGACACCAACUCUCUGUUGGUGCAAUUGAUGUCACCGCUGAAAGCCAUCACAUUGCACCACAAGGUGCUUACGUAGACGUACAGUUAAUUCCAUAAACAAGUGAUGCACUUUGAGUCCCACUUGAAAAACACUGCAUCCUGAGAGAUCAACGCAAGCUGUUCUGAGUCCGGAUGUCGAGGUCCUUGAGCGUCACAGGAAGCCGCAGCAGGGCAACAUACAUAAAGGCCUCGCAGGGGGCCUCGUCUCUUCAGUCAGCUGCAAAAACACAGCCGCCUUCAUUACAGCGCAGAGGAGGAAACACAGUCACUCCGAUUGAUCUACAGGCCUGAGUUGGAACCCUGAGCUCAGCCACAUAAUAACAGCGACCCGUGUGUGUGUGUGUGUUAGUGUGUGCUGAAGGCAGACGAGCAUCUUUCAGCAAAAAAGAUUUGGAAUUUACCAGUUGAUCUGAGGAGGAUCUGACUCACUACGAACACUUUUAAAUCAGAAAUUGAAGGAGGUAUGUUACUUGCUUUGAUGAUGGUCUUUUGCUUAAAGGCACUUUUCUUUAUUUCUUUUUUGAGUUGUUGCUCAAAGACUUGAUUUUUACCUCCAGAAUAUAUUGCCUGAUCACUUGUGUUAAAUUAAAUAUGUAUAAAUUAAAAUAAACUGUAUUUAGAUUAGAUUUAAGAUAUUGUAUUCUUACUUGCUGCUGCCAUGAUGAGUACGCACAAUAUGAAUAAAAUCUCAUCUGUUCGUUUUAUUAAUCUAUCGCUCACGUUAAAUAGAUUUUAUUCCUCGUAAACAUGCAGCAGGGACAUUUAGCACAGGAUAUCAAUGCCUCUUGUUGUGGUUGGGCACCUUCCUGUAUCAUCUACAUUUUUGUUGCCAGGCUACAAAACAGUAUGAAGAACCUGUAAACUGCUUCCCGUGUGGCAGUCAUAAUUUGAUAACUAGGGGGAUGAUUCAAUUAUGAAUGUGAAAGUUGUUGAAGGCCUUUGACAAGACAUUUUCUAAUUAUGCUCCCCAUCUCAACCUGUGUCUCUCUUCUUUUCAGCCACAAGUGCGAGAAGCCAGAGAACAUGGGGACCUGCCCCAUCAGAUGCAGAACCACCCAGACAAUCCUAGAAAAUCAACCUGAAACUAGAUCACCACCCUCCCAGGACAGUGUGCUCGUAUCCCUCUGUGACUACCCGUCCUUUGAGCGUACAGAGUUAACCAUGUGCACUGGAGAACGACUCACCAUCAUAUCAGACGAUGGUGAUUUUAUGAUGGUGAGAUCCACAACCACAAACCGUGAGAGCUACAUUCCCACCAACUACACAGCCAGGCUGACACACAGGUGGCUGUUCACAGGCAUCAGCAGGAACAAAGCAGUGGAGCUGCUCAUGCAGCCUAAUAACCACAGUGGCACCUUCUUGAUCCGAGAGUCAGAGACAAACAAAAAUUGUUACUCGCUGUCUAUCCUGAGGAGGGGCAACUCUUCAUACCUGGACUGUGUCAAGCACUACCGCAUCUCUCACCUCCAAAAUGGCUGGGUCUACAUAUCUCCAAGAGUCACCUUCCCCACCCUGGAUCACCUGGUGGAACACUAUUCAGAGCUUGAAGAUGGAUUGUGCUGUCGGCUGAGGGAGCCUUGCUUCAUCCAGGGUUUAGACGACGCUCGAGAGGCCAGGCCUAUACCUACAACUGUGAGGAGGCCUACUCUCAACUGGAAGGACAUUAGCAGGUCAGCAAUGUUCAGGAAGAUGAGAACAGAGUCAGACAAGUCUCUGGUGAGCGAGGGGCUGAGGGAGGCCAUCAGCUCCUACCUCCAAAUGACCGAAGGCAACGAUCACAGCUGGGACACUUGAGGAGAAGACAGUGGAUCAGUCUGGGAGAACGAAGUCAGAAGGAUAGAGUGAAGUCAGAUGCUGUCCUGUCUCAUCUGCAGUUUGGGAGAGCCAUGAGAAGAGGUCAUGUGUACGACCAAUAGACUUUGCAGACCGCCCUGGAUUAGCGGGAGGGCUGAGACACUACAUGUAUGUCAGCAAGAAGAUUGUUUUUAUAGUCACACAGGGGAGGUGUGAGCUGAACAUUUAAAGUCAAAGAGAUAUUUCUUGUCAUUUGAUUUCAAAAGUUGAAUAUUUCUCUUAAUUUAUAUUCUAAUAUAUGUACAUGCUGUUUGAAUGCAAUGUGUAAAUUAUUUUGUAAUAUGAUCAUUGUCGUAGUUAUGUUAUUGGAAUCCAAUAAAAUAUGUUAGCUAUGUGUAAUAAAUGAGCAGCGCAUGCAUGUAUAUAAUCACCUAGAUAGAUAGAUAGAUAGAUAGAUACUUUAUUAG